UCCGGUGUCGGGGGGCGGCGGGAGCGCUGCUCACGUUAGGUUGCGGCGGCGGGUAUUUUUGUGGGGAUUUUUUCCGCCGCUGAGAGGAGAGGAGGUGCGGGAAACAGGCUUUAAAAUCUCUCUCCGGUCCCUCCAUUAUCCUCUCUUCCCCCCCACCCCCCAACCCCCCCAUUUUAAUACAAUAAAAAAAAGCCCGCGAGAGACCAUGGCGCCUCAGAAGCACGGGGGCGGCAAGAACACGGUGAAGAAGCCGAAAAUUGACCAAAUCCAGGCCGACCACGAGCUUUUCCUUCAGGCCUUCGAGAAACCCACUCAAAUUUAUAGAUUUCUCCGAACCAGGAACCUCAUAGCGCCCAUCUUUUUGCACAGAACUCUCACUUAUAUGUCGCAUCGAUUAUCAAGAACAAAUGCCAAAAGGAAAACCUUUAAAGUGAACGAUAUGUUGGCCAAAGUAGAGAAAAUGAGGGGAGAGCAGGAAUCUCCCAGCAGCUUGACAGCUCAUCUGCAACUUACAUUUACCGGUUUCUUCCAUAAAAAUGAAAAGCCAUCUCAAAACUCAGAGAACGAACAAAACUCUGUAUCCCUGGAGGUGCUACUUGUUAAAGUCUGCCACAAAAAACGUAAGGAUGUUAGUUACCCGAUCAAGCAAGUGCCUACAGGUAAAAAGCAGGUGCCUUUGAACCCAGACAACAGCCAAUUCAAGCCAGGCAACUGUCCUUCCCUUGCCGUCCCUAGCAACGAGUUUGAGCCAAGCAACAGCCAUAUGGUAAAAUCCUAUUCGCUGCUAUUCAGAGUGACUCGACCAGGAAGGAGGGAAGUGAACGGACUGACCAAUGGGGAGAUUAAUGAAAAUAUCGAAGUCACGGAAGAAGUUCCUAGUAGGCGAAAGCGGAAUUCGUCGCACAAGGAUGAUGGGGAGAAGACGUUUGUAGCCCAGAUGACAGUCUUUGAUAAGAAUCGACGUUUGCAGCUGCUGGACGGGGAGUAUGAAGUAGCCAUGCAGGAAAUGGACGAAUGCCCUGUCAGCAAGAAAAGAGCUACAUGGGAAACCAUUCUUGAUGGGAAGAGGUUACCUCCUUUUGAAACAUUUUCUCAGGGUCCCACUCUCCAGUUCACCCUCCGAUGGACGGGAGAUGCCGCGGAUAGGUCUACUGCUCCAGUAGCUAAACCUCUGGCAACUCGCAAUACUGACACCACCGCCGCCGAGACCAAACUCAACUCUGUGAAACCAGCACAGACCCUCGCUGUUAAAGAUCCAUUGGGGACUGAACUUCAAACUAAGAGGGAGCAAGUUCCAAUGGAGCCACGGCAGAAGUUGAGGAUAUUUUAUCAGUUCCUUUACAACAACAACACACGCCAGCAAACUGAAGCCAGAGAUGACUUGCAUUGUCCAUGGUGCACACUGAACUGUCGGAAGUUGUACAGCUUGCUGAAACACCUCAAGCUUUGCCAUAGCAGAUUUAUCUUCAAUUAUGUGCCUCAUCCUAAAGGUGCUCGGAUAGACGUAUCAAUCAACGAGUGUUACGAUGGCUCCUAUGCAGGGAAUCCUCAGGAUAUUCACUCCCAGCCUGGGUUUGCCUUUAGCCGUAAUGGUCCCGUGAAAAGAACACCAGUGACUCAUAUCUUGGUCUGCAGGCCGAAACGUAUUAAACCAAGUCUGUCUGAAUUCUUGGAGUCUGAAGACGGGGAAGUGGAACAGCAGAGAACCUACAUCAGUGGCCACAAUCGCCUCUACUUCCACAGCGAUACGUGCCUCCCCCUCAGGCCGCAGGAAAUGGACGUGGACAGUGAAGAUGAAAAAGACCCCGAGUGGCUCCGAGAGAAAACUAUUACACAAAUUGAUGAGUUCACUGAUGUCAAUGAAGGAGAGAAGGAAGUGAUGAAACUGUGGAACCUGCAUGUUAUGAAACAUGGGUUCAUUGCUGACAAUCGGAUGCAUCAGUCCUGCCUGCUCUUUGUGGAGACCUGUGGACCGAAAAUAGUUGAAAGAAGCCUGUGUCGGAACUUUCUGCUUCACCUGGUCAGCAUGCACGACUUCAACUUGAUUAAUUUAUGCACCAUAGAUAAAGUAAUGGCCAAGCUGGGAGAACUCCAACAGAAGCUGCAAAAAGACGACUCUGCUGCCAAGUUGCAAGAGGAGAGCACGGAGGACAGCAGGCCGGAUAGUGAAGACAUUGGAGCUAGUAUGAAAGACACAAAUUCAAGCACUGACAGUCUUUCCUCAGGAGUCACCAAACAGAGUAAAAGGCACAAACUCUGAAGUCUCCCCACCUUUCCCUGCCACAGACCUACCAGCCCCCCCCCCCACCACCUCCACUCCCCAUGGACAGUCACUGAGGAGGGAUGGGGGAGAUGCAAGUGUACUCUAUAAAAGCGUCACAGCUGAAAUAUACAGAAGUUCCAAAUGGGCUAACCAGUCACUGAGUGAAACAAUGUACAGCAGUGUUAUAUUCAGAUCCUCGCUCCUUGUAAAUGUGGGUGUCCUUAAUUGUACUUAAUUUAGCUGAUGGCAGUACAAUUUGAAAACAAAGUUGCUUUCACCACAGUAGACUGAGCACGCACAGUUCAGCUAACUGCAGAUGUUUUUUGUGCUAAUCAUUCUUUUUUAGAAGAUUUUAUUUUGGCUACAAAACCAAAUCUUUUCACACACCUGAAUUGAUCCUGUUUUAAAAUAUUGGUAAUUGUACAGUCUCAAAUCUUAUCCGAAGCUUAUUUUCUCCCCUUUUUUGAUUGAUAAAAAUUCUCUGGAAAAAAAAAAUCGGGUUUCACUUUACAUCCUCCAUUUAAAAUAGCAUGUACUUUCGUUAAAGUAUGUAUAAAACCAUGUGUAACAAAUUUUGUGUAAAAAAAACAAGUGCAAUUUAAAUAGUGGAUGAAGUUUGCGUGUAUAUCUCAGUUUAAAAAAAAAUCUCCUUGAGACACAGGAGUUGCACUUCUCUUCGUUGCUGUUUUGAAGAACCUUGUACUUUUAGUGUCUUAUUCUAUUUGAGUAAAUGUCAUCUCCCUUCCUGCUUUUCUCUCGCCCUUCCCUCCCCCCAAAACCACCUUAGUCUGAGUUGAUCUUACUAUCAGGUCUGGUUUUUGUGGAUUUGUUUUGCUAUUUUUGCUCAGUAUCCAAGCAAAAUGUGAACAUAUGAAUAAUGUGUUUCAAGGGUGACAGAGAUGUUUUUUUUCUUCAGAGUGUGAGUUUUCUAUAUGUGUGCGCCUCACACAGAAUGCAUGGGUCUGUCUUCCAUUGGUGCUGGAAGUGUAACAGAUCUGGGGAGGGGAGAAGGAAGAGAGAAAGCUUGAGCUGUUACAAAGUUUGAGCAAAGGUGCUGCCACUUGGGUGGGUGAGGGGGGGAAGUAAAAUGCACAGCAAAGCUGGGGGAGCCGAUAAACGUAUUAAUCUUAUGCAAUAUUCUGUGACUUUCCUGUCCUGUUACCAACACACAGGGUAUUUAUUUGAGUAGACACUAAAAGUGAAGGCUGUUGAAAGGUAUGUAUUUUGUGCAGUAUUUCACUGCAUCAGAACAUCAUUUGUGCAGGUAGAACACAUUUCAGACUAAAUGUUUACAGUUUUUCCAAUGGAAAGAGGUUUUUCACUCCUGCCGCAGUAACAGCGAUGCAGGAUAUUAACUCAGCACUGGGUCCAAGAGACUUAUCACCUCGGUUUUUAAAAACUUCAGUGAAAUAUUUUAUUUAAAUGGGACUGGGAAGCUGUCCCUUUAACCAAUUUUAUUUGAGAUGUGAUUUUAAAAUUUUCAUUCCACCUGUUAUAAACUAGUCAAGCCUAGACUUUUGCCAGCUAUCUUAUUUCUGUGAAUCGUUUUGACAUGUUGCUUUUUUUUUUGUUUUGAAGGACGUUAGAAUAGAUACGUUCCUGUCUGUGGCUUUAAUUUGCAAAAGCAGUGCACAUGUAAAUUUUAUUUUAGGUUGGGCUGGGGGAGCUGUAGUGUUUUUCCUGCUGCUAAAGUUUCUUCUAAAGCGAGAUAAUUAUGCUCUACUGCAACAAAUGGCUGGCGUGGUUUGCACAAGUUUGACAGCCGAAGAUUUUGAAUAAACGCUGGAAAUUUUCAAUUUGGUGACAUUUUUCACUGACUUUUUACGUUUCACAAAAAGAAAAGGAAAAAAACACUUUUCUAUCGUUUUUUUGUAACAACCAGUCAUAAAAAUUUGUUAAUGGUCCUUUUUUUCUAUUUAAAAUAAAGUUGUCAUUUUCCUACUUUAAA